GCCGCCUUCCUUCCCCAUCUCGGGUCUUUCUGCGGUCUUGGUUCUGCUGCGCUUUGCUCUCACUGCCUAACUAGGUCUUUCAGGCCCUGAGCGUUCCUCUACGCCCAACUCCUCCCGGGUUGGCAAAAUGGACCCAGCCUCAGGGUUGCCAAGGGGGCCUAACCUGGGGUUCUGCGCUUCCUUCUAGCGUAACUAAAGUUGGGGCAUGAGGCGGGCAGGUGUAUUGGCAGGCAGCCGGUACCCAGAGCGCUUAGCCCUAGAGCUUUAUUUAAUAAAGGCUGGUAUAGUAGCCUUGAAGCGGAGUUAGACGGUGCCACAGGUGUGCUGGCUGAGCUUGGUGGGUGUGUGGGAAUGCAUCUGGCAGCCUAGGCGGCGCUGGGGGCAGUAACCAAGCUUAGCAGUGGCCUGCAUUUGGCCCAUCAUAAAUGCCUGAUUUGAUUUCAAAUGCUGUUGCCCUGGGUGACUAAAAGGCCAUGAUUCUGAGUGUCGCUGGGGUGAGGGGCAGUAUGGCUGCAUAACUUAGGUGUGUAUGGGCACUGCACUUUGCUGUCUUGGCCUUACGUCUGAAGCAGACUGCUGUCAGCGUUAUGAGUUCUUCUCCAGACAUGUCCCCUGAGGCUGGCUCCCUGUGGCUACUACAGCUGCUCCGGAACAUCCAACUGGCCCAGUUUUAUCGACCCAUCCUUGAAGAACUUAAUGUCACUCGGCCAGAGCAUUUCAAUUUUGUAAGGCCUGAGGACCUGGACAGCAUUGGCAUGGGCCGACCUGCCCAGCGCAGACUGGCUGAAGUGCUCAAGAGGCACCGUUCAGGAGUCAAGCCUAAGAACUGGGUCAACAAGAUCCUUGGUGGUUUUGCCCCUGAGCAAAAGGAGACCACCCCACCCUCAGAAAGGCCUGCAAGCCUCCCUGAGCCAGAGGCGGGACUCAAGUGUCUGAUCCCAGAGGGUGCUGUGUGCAGAAGGGAGCUGCUGGGCUCAGGCUGCUUUGGUGUAGUACAUAGAGGACUGUGGACACUGCCUAGUGGCCAGAGUGUCCCCGUGGCUGUCAAGUCCCUUCGAGUGGGUCCCGAAGGCCCUGUAGGCACGGAGCUGGGAGACUUCCUGAGAGAGGUGUCCGUCAUGAUGAACUUGGAGCACCCACACGUGCUCCGUUUGCAUGGCCUGGUACUGGGCCAGCCUCUACAGAUGGUGAUGGAGCUGGCGCCACUGGGCUCCCUGCAUGCACGCCUGACAGCCCCGGCCCCAACGCCCCCGCUACCCGUAACUCUGCUCUGCCUCUUCCUUCGGCAGUUGGUGGGGGCCAUGUCAUACUUGGGCGCCCGCGGGCUAGUACACCGGGACCUCGCUACGCGAAACCUGUUGCUGGCGUCGCCCCGCACCAUCAAGGUGGCGGACUUUGGGCUGGUGCGGCCGCUGGGCGGCGCCAGGGGCCGCUAUGUCAUGGGCGGUCCCCGCCCCAUCCCUUACGCCUGGUGUGCCCCAGAGAGCCUGCGCCAGGGAGCGUUCUCCUCCGCCUCCGACGUGUGGAUGUUUGGGGUGACGCUGUGGGAGAUGUUCUCUGGGGGCGAGGAGCCCUGGGCUGGGGUCCCGCCAUACCUCAUCCUGCAGCUGCUGGAGAAGGACCGAGCCCGCCUGCGGAGGCCUCCACUCUGCUCCAGGGCCCUCUACUCUGUCGCCUUGCGCUGUUGGGCUCUCCAUCCUUCGGACAGGCCUAGCUUUUCCUACCUGGAGGGGCUGCUCCAAGAGGCCUGGCCUUCUGAGGGAUGCUGUGUGAGGGAUGUCACAGAGCCAGGAGCUUUGCAGAUGGAGCCCGGUGACUCCAUCACCAUCAUUGAGGGCAGCUCUGACGCCACAACCUGGAAGGGGCAGAACGGCCGCACCUUCAAAGUGGGCAGCUUCCCAGCCUCGGCGGUGAUGCUUGCAGACCCGGGGGGCUCCUCAGCCCCACGUCCAGUCCACAGAGGCUCCCCUAGUGGGGGAGAGCGAUGCCAGGGGAACAUGGCCAGGGACAGAGAGAAGGAAAAGUCUCGGGAUCUACCUCCAGGACAGGGCCAGAGAAGGAAAGUGGCCCUGCAGAGGAUGAGAGGCAUUUCCAAGAGUCUGGAGUCAGUUCUGUCCCUGGGCCCUCGCCCCACAGGGGGCGGUUCAAGCCCCCCUGAACUUCGACGUGCCAGAGCUGUGCCCCCAGGACUCCAAGGCCUGCCUCCACGCCCACCUUUUACCUCCAGUUCUCAGCCCAGCCAGCUCCCCAGAGAAAGGCCUCCCAGGCCCAAAAGAGAACCCCUACAUAAUCACCGCAUUAACACACCUGGAGCCAGUAAAGUCCCUGUCCUCUCUGGAGGCCUCCUUCCUGACACUGAAUGGCAGAGGAGGAUAACAGAGGUGGAGGUGAGUGUGCAUGGAGUCACCCACCAGGAAUGCCAGGCAGCACUAAGAGCCACAGGGGGAGAUGUGGUUUCCGCCAUCCGGAACCUCAAGGUAGAACAGCUCUUCCAUCUGAGUAGAUGGUCCAGAGCUGACUGCCGGCGCAUCCUGGAGCAUUAUCAGUGGGACCUCUCAGCUGCCAGCCGCUACAUCCUAGCCCAGUCCUGAGCUCUGCUUCCUAGGACACAGACACCAGCAUGGAACCCCUGGGCCCCUCAAGGCCUGGCCAUAUGAGAACAAGCAGAACCAGAGUUAAAGUCUUGACAGGGUUAAGGUCAGACUUUUACAUCUAAGGAGAUCCCACUUGCUACUGGCAAAUACAGCAAGUACUCAGGGAAACCCAGGGUUGGGCACCGAUGAGUCUCCUCCCUACCCUGUCCCCUGCCUCUGAGGGUCUAAGAAUCCUUGGCUGGGACAAGAAGGACCUAAGCUACUCUGUCAUCACAUUAUCAAAUAAGAGGAAGACCUGAAGGAAAAGAGCUGCAAUGUAGCAUAGCUAGAGGAAGCUUCUACUCACUACAGUCACCGAUCAAGUGGUUAUACUGGACUAUGGGACCAGCCAUCCUGGACUGCCAUAUGCUACCUCACUGGACUUUGUGAGGCAGCCAUCUUAGAUGAUAGAAGUAGCCACAUCAACUUGAGACACGUGGCCCAAAUUGCCUUAGUUUAGGCCAGUGCUGCUAUAGGUGAUGAAAUUAUCUUCUUAGACUCAAGGACAUUUGAUCCUAGUAGCAUGGAUUAUGAGAUGGGGCAACCCCAGCCCAGCUCUCAAGAGUUUCCUUUGUGUUUUCCCAUAUCAAUUCUUCUACCCUCCCCCAUUACAUACAUCUUCCAAUGUUCAAAAAGUUACAAACUUUAUAUGAAUACAGCAUACAAAGAUGCA